ACGGUGUUGUUGCUGCCCUUAAGAAAACGUGCGUUUGAUCCUCUAGCUGCGCAUUUUCUUGAGUUUCCAUUCGCCAUGAGCCAAAAAGCACAAACAGCGGUGCAGUUCCACGAACUGGAGCUGGACCAGCGGAUACUCAAGGCAGUAGCGCAGCUCGGAUGGCAACAACCAACUUUGAUCCAGUCCACGGCGAUACCCCUCCUGCUGGAAGGCAAGGAUGUGGUUGUGCGAGCCCGUACCGGCUCCGGCAAGACAGCCACCUACGCUCUUCCAUUAAUCCAGAAAAUCUUGAACUCCAAGCUCAAUGCCAGUGAACAGUGCGUGAGCGCCGUGGUUCUGGCCCCCACCAAGGAGCUCUGUCGGCAGUCCCGUGCGGUGAUUGAACAGUUGGCCGAGUCCUGCGGAAAAGUGAUACGCGUAGCAGACAUUGCUGGGAGCUCCAGUGAUGCCGCCACUCAGAGGCACGCCCUCGCCGAAAGGCCCGACAUUGUGGUGUCUACGCCCUCCAAACUGCUGAACCACGCCGAGGCCGGUGGAGUCGUGGAUCUGAAGAACGUCGAGACGCUGGUGGUGGACGAGGCGGACCUGGUGUUUGCCUUCGGUUAUGAGAAGGAUUUCAAGAAGUUGAUCAAGCACUUUCCACCCAUUUACCAGGCCGUGUUGGUAUCCGCCACCCUCAGCGACGACGUGGUGCGAAUGAAGGGCCUGUGCCUGAACAAUCCUGUAACCCUGAAGCUCGAGGAACCGGAACUGGUGCCGCAGGACCAGCUGACUCACCAGCGCAUCCUGGCCGAGGAGAACGACAAGCCAGCCAUUCUCUACGCGCUGCUUAAACUGCGCCUGGUUCGGGGCAAGACCAUCAUCUUUGUUAACAACAUAGAUCGGUGUUACAAGGUUCGCUUAUUCCUGGAACAGUUUGGCAUCCGUGCUUGUGUCCUCAACUCCGAACUGCCAGCCAACAUACGCAUCCACACAAUCAGCCAGUUCAAUAAGGGCACCUACGACAUCAUCAUCGCCUCGGAUGAGCAUCAUCUUGAGCAGCCGGGUGGCAAAGCGUCCUCCUCGUCCUCCACUGGCAAGCGAAAGUCCUCUCGCAGCGGUGACUUUGAAUCGAGUGCGUCGCGUGGCAUCGACUUCCAGUGCGUGAACAACGUUCUUAACUUUGAUUUCCCACGGGACGUGACCUCGUACAUCCAUCGGGCUGGUCGCACAGCGAGAGGCAACAACAAGGGAUCGGUUCUGUCGUUUGUGAGCAUAAAGGAGGCUGCCGUAAACGAUGCCGUGGAGCAGAAACUCCACUCUACCUUUGCUGCCCAGGAGGGAGAACAGAUCAUUAAAAACUACCAAUUCAAAAUGGAGGAAGUGGAGUCCUUUAGGUAUCGUGCCCAGGAUUGCUGGCGUGCUGCGACGCGGGUCGCUGUUCACGACACCCGCAUCCGUGAGAUAAAAACUGAGAUUCUCAACUGUGAGAAACUGAAAGGAUUCUUCGAGGAGAACCAGCGUGACCUGCAAGCCCUGCGACACGACAAACCCCUUAAGACGAUAAAGGUCCAAAACCAUCUCUCGGACAUGCCCGACUACAUUGUUCCCAAAGCCCUGAAGCGAGUAGUCGGCACCGCCUCCUCUUCCUCUUCUGGAGCCUCCACAGCUAAACAUCCGCGCCAAUCAGCUGCCAAGACAGCGUUUGAGAGACAAAGCAACGAUCCUUUGAUGGUCAGCCAAGUGGAUUUCGGGAAGAAACGACCGGCCCCACGGCAUAAAAAGAAAGCCUUGUAAAGGAUCUUAGUCUAAGCUCAUAUUAGUCACUAAAGCGUCUGAAGUUGUUUAAUAUAUUUUAAUGUGUGGAGUUUAAGCGAAAUACAAAAAAUAGUUAAUGAAGAA